AGAACACCAGAAGAAAUAAAAUCUUGGUUCAUGCAGCAAGGUAUGACUUGCAACAGUGAACACCCCAUCACCCCUGAACAGAUGAUGAUGCUGCAGCGACACAAGAUACCGGAGAGCGAAAAUGUCAAGUGUUUAAUGGCCUGCGUUUUUAGGAAAGCUCAAUGGCUAACUGAUUCAGGCACAUUCGACGUGGAUAAAGCGAAAGCGCUCGCCAACGAGGAAUUCUCAAAUGAUGCCACCAAAGCAGAAAACUCUAAUAAAUUGUUCGACGAAUGCAAGUCUGAUGACAUAAUAUUACAUAAUUCUACGCGCAAACGUUGUUUUGGCAUAUAGUGUUAAGACAGAAGAAAAUGUGAUAAACAACUUGGAAUAAAACACUUAUUUUGCAUUUUUUUCGACACUGUGCACUUGUGAACCACUAAACACACGGCGACUGAUAAGUCUCAUGGUGGCGCGUCGCACGAUGAUUGAAAGAGCGUGAUUGAUCAAUUUGAACUGUAAAUUUUGGUGGGUACCCCGUCUUACCCAC